CGGAGCCUCACGUCGGGCCGCCGCCGCCCCGCCGCGAUCGCUAUGAAUGCGCGCCGGGCCCUGCUCUCCGCCGCCUUGCUCGCCGGCCUCCUCUGGGAUUUACCUUGCUGCCGCCCGGCCUCCCUCCCCGCCGCCGCAGAGCUGGCCAAGGGCGGGCGGGGCCGCAGGGCUCCGCGAUCCCCCCGGGAGAGCCGGCCGCGGCAGGGGGCACAGCCCGGGGGCCGGACGCCUCCGCGGGCGGAGCCCCACGAGUACAUGCUGUCCCUCUUCAGGACCUACUCCGUCGCCGAGAAACUGGGCAUCAACGCCAGCUUCUUCCAGUCCUCCAAGUCGGCCAACACCAUCACGAGUUUCGUAGACAGAGGACAAGGUAGGUGCUGUGCCCCCGCCCGCCCCGUCGCACCCCGGGGCUGGAGUCCCGUCCGCAGCGCUGUCGAUCCGCGGAGCCGGCGCCGCUCCACUCACAACGUUUCCUUUUUCCUUUUCUUUUCUUUUUCCUUUUCUUUUUUUUCUAUUCUUUUUCUUUCUUAUCUCCCUUCGGGGCGCAGAAAGGCGGAUCUGUCAGUAAACGGCGCAUCGCGUUGUAGAAAGGAUCUCUCUUAUCGCUUCGGCUGGAAGGCAAAUAGAAAGCUCGAACUCGCUGCGCGUAGGGCUGCGCCGUCGGGGUCACCUGGAAAGGUCCGGCCCGAUGGGUACACGGGGCAGGCACACAGCCGCUCCGGAGCCCCGGGGCUCGGGUAUUGCCGCGCCCCGACGUGCCCUGACGGAGCGUGGCUCGGGGCCGCACCCGCGCCCUUUGCACUUUCCGGAUGCGGGGGCCGCCUCCAUCCAUUCCGGGGCCAGGAGGGACGCAGCCUGCUCGGGGAGCUGCGGGCCGAGCUGGGCGCGCCCCCGCCCGCCGCCCGCCGCCCGCCCGCCCGGCGCCAGCGCCGCACCGCCUUCGCCAGCCGGCACGGCAAGAGGCACGGCAAGAAGGCGAGGCUGCGCUGCAGCAGGAAGCCGCUGCACGUCAACUUCAAGGAGCUGGGCUGGGACGACUGGAUCAUCGCCCCGCUGGAGUACGAAGCCUACCACUGCGAGGGCGUGUGCGACUUCCCGCUGCGCUCCCACCUGGAGCCCACCAACCACGCCAUCAUCCAGACCCUCAUGAACUCCAUGGACCCCGGCUCCACGCCGCCCAGCUGCUGCGUGCCCACCAAGCUGACCCCCAUCAGCAUCCUCUACAUCGACGCGGGCAACAACGUGGUGUACAAGCAGUACGAGGACAUGGUGGUGGAGUCGUGCGGCUGCAGGUAGCGGGCGGCCGCCCCUCGGCGGGGGCUGCGCGUUGGCGGAGCCGCUCCGGCGGCAGAGGGAGACCGGGAGCGGCCCGGGGCGGAGAGCGGCGGGCGGGGAAGGGCCGGCGGGCGUCCGUCGAGCCGCAACCCCGCCCCGGGGCUCUCAGCGUUCCGGCCGCCCUUCCGACGGGGGGAGAUAGGGCCAGAAACGGGCGGGGAGGGAGAGGGGCAGAGCGAAGGGCUGCUCCGUUCCUGCCCGCUCUCUUUCGCAUUCCUGCGGGGUGACGGGCCUGGAACAGCCCGUCCCACUCCAUCAAAAGGAAAAAAAAAAAAAAGAGAGAGAGAGAGACAGAGAGAGAGAAUGGCCGAGAUUGUGAUUACCGGAUGGGUGACAUUUUAAGGCAGCGACGAAAAGCUGUGAUAAGAGCGAGGCGUGACGGACAGCGCGACGGGGUGAGCGGGGAAAGAGACGAAAAGCCGUCGGAUGUGGCGGCUCCGGCAAAGGAACGCGCCGAUCCCUGCGCUGCCACCGCGGGCUCGGUGCCUUCGGGCAUCGCUGUGGGCGGCUGUGGGGCCGCAGAGCUGCGAACCGGUGGGGGGAAGGGGGGUGGAAGGAAGGGGAAUCAAUCAAUCAAACAAACAAACAAAAAAACUAACAAAAAAAGAGAGAAGAGAAUAAUAAUAAUAUAAAGUGAUAAAAAUGCAACUUAAAAAGACUCGACCAGGAGCAAUAAUUUAAAAUGCACAUUUUGCUCGGGAUGCACCGUUGUUCAUAUAAAAGUUGUAAAUAUUUGUUUAUUUAAUCGGACUGGAAAGUGCAAAGUGGAGAUGAACAGCGUGCAUUUCUUGUUGUUAUUGUACAAAACAUUAUAUGCACUCGAAAUGUUAUAAUGUCUAAUAUUUGGAAAAGUUUAUAUUUGAGUUGUACAGAAUUAAGCAUUAAUCAGAUAUUUCCUCCUUACCUAACAUUAUCGCCUCCUUAAAAUAUUAUUGCAAGAUUUAAAUUCUGUGCUAAUAACGGAGAAAGGAAAUUUUUUUACUGUCUACCUCACUAUAAUGCAAGUAUUUACGACGCUCAAAUUACCCGAGGUGAAUUCAUACUCAGAACUUUUUUUUUUUUUUUUUUUUUUUACCAUACACCUUUACCGGACGGUACUCCAACUAUUACUGUAUUAUUAAACUUUUUUUUUGUGGCAAAAAAUCAGCUUGCUUUUAUAUGUUCCGUUCUUCGGUUCAGCAGCUCUGAGCUCCCAACGUGGGCUGAACGCUGCAGAGCUGAGCUGAAGAGCCGCUGUCAGACCGACCCCUCCCUCCCCCCCAGAUCCGGAGCACUGAAGCCGUUCUCCCCAUGCGAGGACUUUUUGUACUCUCGCUUUCACCUUUGCUUUGUGACAAAUGGCUGAGAAACGCAAAGGAGCCGCGCUUUGAUUCCAUUCAACGUGGUGAUUCGUGGUGCUGUCAGUGGGGGAAUGCGUGGGGUGGGGCGAUGCGGGCGGCCGAUUGUAAAUCUCAUCUGUACUGGGCACGUGUACAUGCACUGUAUUAUGCUGACGAGUGAAAGAUAACGGAUGUUUUAUAAAUGAUAUUUAUUUUUGUUGCGAUGGGUAAUGUAUUUAUUAAACCUUUCCCGGUUGUGUCUCAGCUAAUGAGGAGCUGUUCUCUGGGCGGUGGUUUCGGGCAGGGAACCCCCCCGUCACGUUGGGCAGAGGAAGGGUGCAGGCAGCCUGGGGGCUGAGUCUCUGUUGCAAAAAGAAACUCCAUAAAAAGUACAGCAAAAACACACAGAAAAACUUCAUCUCAAGUGCCAGGAAACGGUUCAUCUGAUGUUGGGAUUGUUACCGGGUCGCAAUCUGCUCUCACACCCUUGGCAAAGUGCUCUCACCGUACGGGUGUUGAACAAAGGCUGUGGAAUUGGGUUAUGCUGAUUGCGUUGCAGCAGCUCAGAGUCCUGCGGAAGAGCCCUGCCCCAUUCCUGGUCGUUUUACAACU